CGGAUGCUGAUUCAGAAUGAGAAGAGGAACUGACAGCAUUUUGUAGUUUCCUGCAAAGUGUGCAGAAAGUCUGGGUCAGGUUCACAUACACACACACACUGCAUCUGUACACCCCCGCGCACACGCGCCUCUCGAUUACAUCUUUGUCAACUGACAGUCAUGACGAAGGCCAGUGGAAAAGAAAAACUAAAUCACUGAUUGUAAAAAUUGACUUUCCAAUCUCCACAGAGAAGCGGUUUUCCUGGGUCCUCAAGGAUUCUUAUAUAAAGGUGAUUGUGUACCUGCAGACAGUAUGAAGGACAUCCAUCCAACUAGCUUUAGAGAAGAAGCGUCGCAGAUUAAACAUGAAAGCGUCCGUGUGUGUUCUGUUCGCAGUGGCGUGUUGGAUCGUUUCGCAGGCUGACGAGUCUCCGAUGGUACUCACGCUCGGCAAAGUUAUGAAUGACCUCGAGAAGAUUAACCGAGGAAUGGGCAAAAGCACAACUUUGAUCAACUCACCCAGCACCAAUGAUUUGAAGGACUGCUGCAUUGAACCUGCACUGGAGUCUUUUAGGCAUAACGUGACCCGGCUGCCGAUCACCGAUGCGAAACUCAUAAAGAUCGGGGGGAAAAUCUCCAGGGAGCUUAGAAAAAGCAUCAUUAUGAACGGGUUGCACAAGUGCGGAAAGGAAGAGACACAGAAAGCUCAGUGUGAAUCGUCGUACAGCGAGGUUGACAGCAAAACGUUUGUGCAGAACUUUCGAACUCUUCUACAAAAGAUCUAUGCCAGUCAAGCGUAGAGACGAGACGUGUGAAGAGCCCAUGACACUACCCACGGCAGAGAGGAGUCUGCUCCUGCUAUCCUAUUUAUUGAUUAUUUAUUGAGCAUUUUAUAGUUUAUUUGAGCUGGGAGAUCUGUGAAAGGACUGUUCCGGUGUUUUAGGACCAGGCCGGCUGACGUUAUCGACUUUAAUUCUUUUACAAUGUAAAAUGUUGUCUUUGUUUUACCGCGACCUUUGUGGUGAGAUCUCAGCACUGCUGUCCUGUUCCCUGAAAGAAGCCGUUGGGUGUUUCCCUGCUGAAGAUUAACGAUACGAUCUUUCACUUUAUUAAGUACGCUUCUUAAUCUUUGUCAGGAAAACCACUCGUUUAGAUCAUGUUCACACUUAUUAUGUCUCACAAUGAGAUGCAUGUAUUUUCUGGAUGAUAUUUAUUUGACAUUAAAAUAUUUUUUUUAUGUUUACA